UCACAAUUGGUCGUCUCCUGUUCCUCUCCCCGCCCUCCCUAGACUCCCGCUUCCGGUUCUGUGGGACGCUGCGGCCGUGAAGAUGAUCGGAGACAUCCUGCUCUUCGGAACGCUGCUGAUGAACGCCGGAGCGGUGCUCAACUUUAAGCUGAAAAAGAAGGACACGCAUGGCUUUGGGGAGGAGUCCAGGGAGCCUAGCACAGGUGACAACAUCCGGGAAUUCCUACUGAGCCUCAGGUACUUCCGAAUCUUCAUCGCCCUGUGGAAUGUUUUCAUGAUGUUCUGCAUGAUCGUGCUGUUUGGCUCGUGAGCCCCAGAUACUGAACCAGCAACCCACCUCCGAUGCCAAGCCUCCCUCUGUUCCUGACAACUUCAAGAAUGUUUUUGACUGGAAAACCGGUGACCUUCCCAGAAAGCCCAAGCUUGUGGUGGGUGAAAAAAACGUUCACCAAGAUACACUUGGUGUCCUGGCCACAUCGCUGUUGUUUUCUUAAAAAGACAUUUUCAUUUGGCCUCUGCAUUGAAAUGUUGUCUACUUAAGGAGUUUCAGGGGGGUUAUGUAAGGGGCUGUGAUCGCUUUGCCUUCCUUAUAGAAAAGAGAACAUGUCUGGAUAGUGUUAUUGGAUCAGAAUCCCUCUUCCAGUAAGCUUUCAUUAGAAAUGUUUCUAUUGGCUAUUUCUUGGUUUAUUUUUAAUAACCAUCCCUUUUGGUUCGAAUUACACAUUUUUAGAAGUCAUUUAUUUCCAAGGAUCUGACCCAGAAAGGUUGGCUUUUAAGUUUGAUGCAGCCUCUUUAUUAGACUUGGUGAAUAGCAAAGUUCAUUGUUGCUGGUCUGCGUUCAGUUCCUCCUCUGUCCCAGUAGGCGCUGCUUGGCCACUCAGUGUAGCUAUCGCCCCUGGCACUUUAAGGGUGAAGUCUUAUUGGUUCCUACGGGAGAAAUGUGCAGAAGAGUUGGCAGGGGCAGGUGUCUUAUGAGAAAUUAUGCCUUGCCUUGAAAGCCCUCUGUUAAAGGGACCGUUAAUUGUACAAUUUUUAGAGUGAGAGUGAUUUGUGUGGUCAUAUUGGGACCUAGUUCUGAAAGCUUGGGGUGUGGGGGUCUGUUUUUCAAAUGGGUGAUUUCAAGGUUGGAACAACAAUGAGCUUCCUUUGAGCAUUUUGUAUAGAAGCUUCUUUAAAAGAAAGUCCUGAUUUAAUUGCCAAAAUGAAACGCUGGUGGUCAGUACUUGCAUCCCAUAGGUGUGUGUUUGUUGUGGGUGGGAGGAAAAAGCAAACACGCAGGCUUUUAGAACUAAAUAGCAUUGAAAAUAAAGCUCAUUUCCUAAAAGGACAUUUUGUUACACAUUUUUUAAAUAAGAAGUUGUUUUCCCAGCUUGAGUCGUUUAGAAUUAGGCUGUGGAAAACACUUAGGAUUUAUUUUGGAGCCUGUCAAAAAGAAAUGAUGUUCCCUUUUUAAAAAUAUAUUUAUUGAUCUCAAAGAGUAAGGGGGCUGUACGUUUGUGUUUUUAAAUCGCAUAUCAUGGAUGUUUAGGAAGCUUUUCAAGAACCCUAGCUGGUUUGGCUCAGUGGAUAGAGUGUCAGCCUGUGGUACCAGGUUCAAUUCCUGGUCAAGGGCACAUCCCCAGGUUGCAGGCUCAUCCCCACUAGGGGGCGUGCAGGAGGCAGCUGAUCAAUGAUUCUCAUGGAUGUUUCUGUCUCUCCCCCUCCCUUCCUCUCUGAAAUUAAUAAAAAAAAAUAUAUUUAAAAAAAGAACCCUCACUAGCACCAAAGCUUAUCAGAGUUUGGAUUUUGGAUCAUAGGAUCCCAUAGCAUUUAAGUGCUCAUGUUCAGUGUCAUUUAGGUAUGGAUUCAAAUCCCAUCUCCAUUCCUUGCCGGGGAGACCUUAGCUGAUUGCUUCUCCUCCCUAAGCCUCAGUUUCCAUAUCUCUAAAAGGGGCUUAAAAGUCUUACCUACCUGGAUUUGUUGGAAGGUUUCGUGCACUUGAAUUUGGGCUGAGUGCUUGACUGAACGCCUGACACCUGGUAAACCCUCGAUACCCUGAGUUUCCUCACUGCCGCAUUUUAUCUCUUGCCCAGGUUCAUUCGUUCAGCCUAGACCUGCACCAUGAGAGGGCCAUCACAACAAUUUUAAAAUUUGGAAACAAUUUCCAGCGUGGGAAAUCUUUUCCCGUCUUCCCAUUCCCUUUCCAGUGCUUUCCUAUGCCUGUUGGUAUAUACCACAUAGUUCUGAUAGUGGGUUAGGCAGUUCCGCUCUGCUUUUCAUUACUGCACCACUUCAUAUUUUCUGGACUGACAGAAAGGAAACCUUUUGCUUCCUCCACCCUUACCAUCUUAAAAAUGGAACAUGUUCCUCGUUGUACUUCAGUUACAGCUGCUCUAGAGUACAAACUGGAAAUCACCAAGUCCUGCUGCUUCUUUUUAUAAAUAAAGUUUUAUUGGCAUUCAG